AUCAAAAACCGGCAUUAGUUUGGUUCUUAUGUUGUAUUUUUCACAUCGAUCCUACAUUAUUACAAAAAAAAUAGACUAAUUUAUUAAAUAAUUGGUUUAUUAGGUGAUUUAUAACAUUAGUAUCUAAUGGCAGAGAGGUACGAAUCGCCGGUUAGUGCACCAGGGCAGUAUUCUACGGAGUACAAAAGAAAAAGUAGUUCUUCCAACAACAACUCUGAAGAAAAACCCGGGGAAGAAUCAGCAAACCAACACGAAAAGUUAAAUGAGUACAUUCGAGAUCUUCUCGCUGAAAAGCAACUCUUGGACGAGUUGAAAAGUCCGCAUGCUUGUAGACUUAUUGAACAAGAGAUACAAAAAGCUCAAACAACGGGGAAAAUCCCUGGAAAAGAUCAAAAAUUCGUAGAUAUCUACAGAGAAAGACCAAUGAAAGUGUCAGUGAAAGUAUUAGUUCCAGUACGUGAACACCCAAAGUUUAAUUUUGUGGGAAAACUAUUAGGCCCAAAAGGCAACUCAAUGAAACGUCUCCAAGAAGAAACCAUGUGUAAAAUGGCAGUUUUGGGUCGCGGUUCCAUGAAAGAUCGUCAAAAAGAAGAGGAAUUGCGUCAAUCCCUCGACCCAAAAUACGCCCACUUAGGUGAUGAUCUCCACGUUGAAAUCUCAGCUUUAGGUCCCCCAGCUGAAGCCCACGCUCGGGUGGCUUAUGCUUUAGCAGAAGUCCGAAAAUAUCUCAUCCCAGACAACAACGACAAUAUUAGACAAGAACAAAUGCGAGAAAUGGAAAUUAUGACAUCAGAUGAUGGAGUUGAAACUCGUACGGAAGUGAGGAGACCUCCAGUCAUGCGAAGUCAAGGACCAACCCGACAACCAAUUCCUCGCCCCCCAGUUCAAAUGCGUACCGCUACAAGGGUUCCUGUUCCAACUCCAAGGGUGAUGCCGGCAAAAACGAAGAUUUUGUCAAUUUUAGAUAGGGCCAGGGUCGCCAUGGAGGAAAGUUACGGUUACGAAGACACUUAUGAUCCUGCAGAUCCUGGAUACGAUCAUUAUCCACCUUCUUCAGGUCAUGGACGUUCUUAUUCUACCGGGCAUUCGUAUGAGGCUGAAUAUGAAACUGAUUAUUAUCGCGAAGCGAGUUCUUCGUAUGAGCCCCCAACCCAGCGAUGGAAACAUUAUAAAACAGCUCCGAGCUCAAGUUCACGUCAUGGAGAGCCGACUUCGCGUUAUCGUUCUUCCCCAUACACACGUCCGUCAAAAUAAAAAACGUCCCGUAACCGCCCCAUAAUCGAUCAAACAAAAAAAAAUCGUUGUAAUCUCAAUUUAUAACUAACCACGUAAAAAAUUAAUUAAUGAAUUAGUUAACGUGUCGUAGUUUAAACGUUAUGAUAAUAAAAAAAAAUUAAUAAUAA